AUGAUCAAUCAACAAUAUCGAACACUGAAUUCAAACAGGUAUUCAAAUACUCGACAUCAUCGCUAUCGACAUGCAUCAUUAAGACUUGUGAAAAAUUCUCCAACUGACGAUUCAAUCAAACUUCAAAAUCCAUUGACAGCAUCAAGUCUGGAUGACAACAAAAUAAUUAGCGAGCCAUUAAAAUCAAUCGAAAAUUUUCAACAAGAAGAAAAUCGUUUAGAGAAUUCCACUGAACAAAUCAAAGAAGAACCACCAUUCGUUAUUGAUGCAGAUUAUCGUUUAUUAUUCGAUUUAUUACAACAACAAGAAUGA